UCCAACACAAACACCUUCCUCUGUCCUAACUCUGUUCUUCUACAGCCAUGGUGGUCUUAGCCGACGAAGUACUUGAUCAGAUACCUCUCAUUAGGUCUCCGAAACACGGGUCUAACGUCUCCGACAUCCCCGUCGUCGACCUAUCGAUGCCUGGAUCCGCGGAAGCUCUCGUCGGGGCCUGCGAAGAGUUGGGUUUCUUUAAGGUCGUCAACCAUGGGGUCCCCGUAGAGCUCGCGCAGAGGUUGGAGGCGGAGGCCAUCAAGUUCUUCGCCUUGCCUCAGCUGGACAAGGAGAAGUCCGGUCCUCCCAAUCCUUUCGGUUAUGGGAAUAAGACAAUUGGUCCUAAUGGUGAUGUCGGGUGGGUCGAGUACCUCCUCUUUGCCAUCACCUCGGCGCCCUUGUCUUAUACAUCAAUGUCCUUCCUCGAGGAGCCCUCGGCGUGUUCCUUUCGCUCUGCUUUGAAGGAGUACUUACUAGCUAUGAGGAAGUUGGCCUCUGACCUGCUAAGGCUGAUGGCCGAAGGGCUAAAGAUCGAACCAAGAGAUGCUUUCAGCAGGUUAGUGAUGGGCGAACAGAGUGAUGGAAUAUUUAGGCUGAAUCACUACCCAAAAUGCCCUAUUCUGGAGAAGCUCAACUGCAGCUUGACUGGUUUCGGGGAGCACACAGACCCGCAGAUCAUCUCGGUCUUAAGAUCGAACAGUAGCACCGGCCUGCAGAUAUCGCUGAAGGAUGGGAGCUGGGUCGCAGUCCCACCAGACCAAGAAUCCUUCUUCAUCAACGUCGGCGACGCUCUCCAGGUUCUGACGAAUGGGAGGUUCAGGAGCGUGAGGCACAGGGUGUUGGCCAACGGUUUGAAGUCGAGGGUGUCGAUGAUCCACUUCUUUGGGCCAUCUCCCGCAGAGAGGAUUGCACCAUUGCCACAGCUGAUGGGGGAAGGGGAGCAGAGCAAGUACAGGGAGUUCACAUGGGGCGAGUACAAGAAGGCUUCCUAUAAAUCAAGGCUGAGCGACGACAGGCUCGGCCAGUUCGAGAAGUAGGAGGAGGCCAUUGAUGCCUCGCUGGUGCUGCCGUGCCGUGCCGUGCCGUGCUGUGCUAGCUUUCCUGCGCUCAGCUUUUGGGUCGGUCAAAAGGCAGGCGCGGGUACAUGGCUUUGCUCGUUUCUCGCCAAAUUUAGCAACAAAUAUGUUCUCCUUGUUUCUUUCUUUUCCUCCUCUUACUCCCUUCUCCUCCUUCUUAGGAAAAGCCUUUUUCUCAUGUACAAAUCCAACUCUUUUACUACUAAAUCCUCAGAGAGGUCCUU